GAAAGAGAUAGAAAAACUUAGCAAUCUGUUUGAUUUCUACUGUACGUCAAUACAAGAUAUUAAUAUUAAUAUUGAGGAGAAUGAAGAGGCAGUGACUGAAGUAUUGAGAGAAACAAAGUCAUCAAAAAAUGAAUUAGCUGCUUUAGAAAAAACGCUGGAUGAUUUGAAAAGGCUUUAUGAUCAACUACACUGGAAGAAAAAGAUUUAUGAAAGUGAAUAUUUGGAAGUACUUAAUAAUUUUUAUGCCACAAAAUCAACAUGGGAUAUUGAACUUUCUAAUAUUGCAAAGGAUUUUUCUGAUAUUUCAAUAGCAUAUUCUCAAUUGGUGGAAGAAAAUAAAAGACUCAAUAUUGAUAUUGACACUGUACUAGGUUAUAUCAAUGACAGUAUAAGGAAAAAAUCAGAGCUCGAGUCCGAAAUCCAAUCUUUGUUGAAAAUGAGGUCAAAAAAUGAAGAGUUUCUUAAACAACUAUACAAGGAAGCUUAUAACAUCAGUGCUGUUUUUCACCUAACCAGAUUUAAAACAGAGGAAUUAGAACAGAAAGUAGCGGAAGUGAGAAGAAAAUUCAAG